AUGAGGUGCAGGUAUGUCGGACCUUUCCCAGCACCAGCGCUUGGCCUGAAAAGCCAGGCUUGCCAGCCCGGUGUGGCAGCCGUGUUUUUGGCCCUCAGUGAAGCCGGGCGCUGGGAGGAUGCCCUGAAAGUUAGCAAGCAGAUCCACCUCAGGAAAGUGCAGCCAGAUGUUGCAAGUUACGGGCUACUGGUGAUGCAGUGCGAGCAAGAAGGAAUGGCCGGGCAAGAAAUCGGCAUGCUCCGAGCGUUGUUCCGUGUUGCCUCGGGGGCUCUCUGCAAGCCUCGCAUCCUGGAGCCCGAACGCGGCGUAGAGGAGGAGAUCAAAUAA